CUUUAAUGUUACCACUCGUCGCCUUUGCCUUCCCCUCUCCCCCAUCCCUCCUUUGCUGCCCAUUGGCCCAAGUCGCUCGUUGAUAUAGGUACCUCCAGUGUCGUUACCACCACUCUCACUCACUACUACUCUCAAAACUAUUAAUGAAAUAAUACUUCCGCGGCACCAAACCCACCACCCUCGCCAGUCGGGAAACAGAAAAGCAACGCAACUCCCGGACAUCCAGCUGACUGUCGAGCCCGCUCCCCGGAUCAGCUGCCGACCACUAGAGGCGCCCUCGUCGCCCCUGGCCAGCCAACCAACAAUCCGCCCAUCCACCCAUAUCGCUCGGGAGACCACGGCACGGCAUUGUCGUCCAUAUUCCAUAAUUCAGUCAACACCCACACGCCCUGGUUCCAUCCCGCAUGCCACCGCGCCGGCAGCUUUAAUUUACCCGCAGCGUCCAUAUUGGCUUCGUUGACUCGCCAAGCUCCAGCUCGUUUCCCCUCACGCGAUUAUUUGACGGGAACACAAGGCUCCCGGCUCGCCUUGCGUCUGUGCCUUCCUUCUUUCCUCUUUAGUUCCCGGGAUCCGAUCCCAUCCGCUCUUUUAUAAUAGGGCCCCGUGGAGGGGUGCGCCUGGCUUGCUUGGACCAAAGAAACAUCUUGUCCCCGCCAAGUUUACUCUCAUCCCAUAGUCCACGAUAUAAGAGGGAUCGAUCCUCUCGUAUCUCGAGCCGCUUCCCGUCCAUCCGCCUCCCACUCGUUUGAGGCGCGAUCGAAUCCCACAUAGGCUUUUCCUGCCUUCGAAACAUGAUCCUGUGUGACAUCUUGGACGAUUUGUAAAGAUGGCACCAGGAGCCUCCAACAUGGAGCAAACCCCGCUAGGACGAGCUCGAGGCGGCGUGUACCAGCGCACAGGCACCCGCUGCUCCAGGCCGAGAUCGCAAUGGCUGCUCAUCGCCGUUGCUUUCGUCCUCUGCCUGUCCUCGGCCGCCACCGUCGUGGCACACCCCCACCGGCCAGUCCGCAUCCCUUCCGAGUCGGACGCAACCGCCGCUCCCACAGUCGGGGCCCCGACCCCGGUCGAGGGGACGCUCCUCAUCGACACGAGGCCACCCCCGCCGAGCGAAGGACAUCUAGCCAUGAUGGCAACCAUAGAACAGGAGGCCGAGCUCAAAGCCCGCAACCCGCAGGGUUCAUCGUCGACCAAGUCUGGCGGCACCGCAACCUCGCAGGCCAGCCCUCUGCCCAGCCUCCUCGAGGAAAACCUCUCUGGCAACUUCACCAGGCCAAACCCCCAGUCGCCAGAGUCGCCCUGCGGAACCUUCCUGUCGACGCUGGUUGCCAACGCGACCUUCCAGCAGUGCUACCCGUUCUCUGUGCUUCUUCUGGGCUCGAAAUCCUUCUUCCAGGCUCAAAAGUCCCUUGUCGGCAUCACCAAUGUGCUCGACAGGUCGUGCACGGCCAACGUCAAGCUCUGCUCGUCGUACCUUUCCGGAGUAGCCACCAAGCUGAUCUCCAAGGACAACUGCGGCGUCGACUACGAUCUGCAGAACUCGGUCGUGACGCAGCUGCGCGGCGCCCUGCUCUCGUACGAGACGCUCUUCUCGGCCACGUGCCUGCGCGACCCGACGAGCCAGGCCUACUGCUUCGCCAGCGCCGUCACCAACUCCUCCAACGCGCAGAACACGUACUUCUACUACCUGCCCAUGAACUCGACCCUGCCGACCGACUCGUCCCCGAACUGCAACUGGUGCAUCCGCGAGACCAUGGCCAUCUACCAGGCCAACGCCGCCAACCGGAAGCUGCCCAUCGCCGCCACCUACUCGAGCGCCGCCCUCCAGGUCAACUCGCGCUGCGGCGCCAGCUUCGUCAACGCCACCAUGCCCGCCGAGGCCCAGAGCGCCGGCGCGCGCCUGCUCGCGGGUCCGCCGCCGUGGACGCUGCUCUCGGCCGUCGGGCUCGGCCUUGCGAUGCAGCUGCUGAUUUGAUCACGGCGCGCGCCACGUCCACCGCACAAUUGCCUUUUUAUGAUUCAGCACGCCUCUCUUUCUCGACAUACCCACUUUAACGUUCCAUGUAAAUAUCCCGUUGUAACCAACGUUUUUACCCAUUUAUACACACCAACCACACAAACCCCCCAAAACUCUCUCGGCCCCUGACACCCACUCGGCUCUUAUCUUUUUGCUUCUCUUUCCCCGAGAUCAUUAGAUAUUAUCUUUCUUUUCAUAACAUAAUACUGGGCCUGUCACGCCGAUUUGAGAAAACUGAACGCUCACUACCAUGCGUCUAGUGGGGAGUGUGUUGAAUGUAACCCGCCCUAAUGUUUUGGGCUUAUUCACGAUAUAUGUGUUAUUUUAGCGGCAUAUCAAGGCUCGGAUCACGAUUAUAGGAAUAUAUCACGCUUGACAACAUGAGUGGAACAUUGAUUGUUAUACAAGAAGGUACACCAACCUUCAACCAACCC